UGACCCCUCUUCCCCCGUCUGAUAUUUUAUUUACUCCCAAAACCAAGAUGGCUCCUGUGAAUGUGUCGGUCUCAUAGCAAAUCGAGGAUGCCAGUAGCUGCCGGAAAAACAACUUUCCCCCGACCGUCGCAUCCCCUGGAGUCCGUUUCGUAUGGUUAGGAGGAGGCCGCCACCUCCGCGUAGCCGCUGAGCAGCCGUUGGGGCUUCGCGGAACCGUCCUCAAGGCAACAAUUUGGAGUAGUUUGGCCAAGUAUUCUCGUCUCCUCUUCGCCGUGUGUCCGGAGAGAGGUGCGGGAACGCGGCUCAUCCAAAUGGCCGAACCGAGAAAAGUGCAGUUUGUCACCCUGUCGGCCUUCGCGACCGGGGCCGCCUCGGAGUCGAGGAAACGCCGGUUGGAGGACGAGGCCGACUACAACUUAAGCGAAGACGACGAGGUCGUAACGGCGGCGGAAGGGUUGGCGGAGACCGGGGCAGGAGGCGCCGCCAGCCGCUACGCCAAAGCCGGCGAGAGGGACAAGGCUGGAGCCGAGAAGAGGGCGACGGUGCGGCUCAACCUGCCCCUGAGCGAGCCCGACGACCGCGCCUCUGCCGAGUUCAAUUACGGCGAACUCCUCCACAACCUUCAGACGAAGAACAAACCUCCGAGCGUGACUGCGGCCCCGAAUCCCGACGACCCCUUCGACGACGACGAGAGGGAGCGACUGCAUGUGGAGGCCCUGGCGAAGAAGUUUGAGAAUAAAUAUGGCAACAUGACAAAGAAGAGGAAGGACAGAAUGCAGGAUUUGAUUGAUAUUGGCUUUGGCUACGAUGAGACCGACCCCUUCAUUGACAACUCCGAGGCUUAUGACGAGCUGGUGCCCGCCUCUUUGACCACAAAGCUCGGCGGUUUUUACAUCAACACCGGCACGCUGCAGUUCCGAGCGGCAUCCGACUCUGAAGGCGAGGACGACGCGAACGCGAACGACGACAGCGAACAGGCCAAGAUGAGGAAGAAGAAGGAAAUGACCAACGUGGAAGAGAAGAAGAGCAAUGAACCUAAACAAGGAGUGGCAGCAGUCAGCCUCCAUCGUCCUGAGAAGAAGAAGCGUAAGAAGCUGAUGAAGGAUUCUCUGUACUUGGCGGCCAUGCUGCGGCGCUUCACCAUGGAGAAGGAGCAGAUGAGGAAGAAUAACCUCAGCGUGGCCCCCGCCGGCCUGGCGGGAGGCGUGGCCAACAAGCCGUGCGCCGCCGACGCGGCCAAGCACCUGCUGGCGCCCGACUCCGCGCAGCCGGCGGUCGGCACCAAUGCCGCCGCCAACAGCGACCUCUUGCUGGCGGACCUGACCGGCGACCCCGCCGUGAUGUCGUUGCUGGGCUCGGCCAACGAGAAGGAGCUUCAGGACAUCCUCGGCGACCUAGACUUCGGCUUGUUGGACGGCGACCAGCAGCACGCCACGUCCACGGUCAGGGAGAACGGCAUUCUGGGAGUCGGCGCGCCCGGCCAAAAAGGAGGAACGGGCGGGGGCGUCCAAGGGCGAGGCCUGGGGUCUUCCAGUGGACUGUAUUCUCCUCCGCAGCUGCCUGGCGGGCUGCCUCCUCCUCUCGUCAAACGUAUCGAGGACCUGCGGACGGCUUCUCGUCAGUUUGAUCAGGAGGGCAGAAAGAAAUUUUUCACCCUGGACAUGAAUAACAUCCUGCUGGACAUCGAGCUACAGGUGCAGAAGCAGCCUCCCGACGUGCGCUCGGGGGUCUACGCGCACUUGGAGGCCUUCGUGCCGUGCAACAAAGAGGCUCUCCUCAAGCGGCUCAAGAAGCUCAGCCUCAAGAUCCAGGUGAGGGCGGCUCAGUGCGACAACGGGCUGCAGCCGACGCCGACGCCCCACAGCAAGGAUGACAGGAUGCGGAUGCCGCUGCUGGAGCUGCAGCUGGCCGUGUGCAGCGUGAUGCCCGAGCAGAUCGCCAGGUACAACAUGGACUGCAUGGCCAAGGUGGCGAAGCAACAUUCAGAAGAGGGCGACAAGAACGGAUCAGAGGAGGAGGAUGAGGAGAAACCUGGGAAAAGGGUGAUGGGCCCGCGGAAGAAGUUUGUCUGGGAUGACAAGCUCAGGAGUCUGCUUUGCACGCUGGUGCGAGUGAAGCUGACCUGCUAUGACAUGGAAAGCCAAUGUUCUCUGUCUGUGGAGGACUACCUCAAGGCCUUUUUGGAGAAUGAGGUCAAACCACUGUGGCCCAAAGGCUGGAUGCAGGCCAGGAUUCUGUUCAAGGAGAGCGUGUCAGUUCACAUUCACCUCACUGGAAGCCUCGCCAAGAGGAGAGUGGUUCCCGGGCCCAAGGCCAAAGCUAAGGAGGGCGUGUGGAUCCGCAAACCUCCGCCGUCCAUGCCGCCUGCUUUGCGCGUGCCCACUUCGUCCACGUCCUCCGUGAUCUCGACGCGGCCGCCGCCCCUGCCGUCGCCUUCGGAGCUCAUCUGUCUUUCGGACUCUCUGGAUGAGGACCUGAGCGCCCCGUCUCUGGACUCCAUCUCGCACGCGCUGGCCCUCCUCAGCAAUGCCGCCAAGGGCCUGGGCUCCUCCGACAGUCCACUGUCGCCUCCUCCGCCGCAGAUCCCCACCUCCUCCCCGCCCCCCGUCACCCCCCACUACCCCGCGCAGCUCCCGUGCGCCGCCCCCACCAAGGUAGAGAGCCCUGCGGCGACGGCGGGGAAAAUGACCACGUCCACCUCGCUGCCCACUUCUUCUUCUACCUCCUCCAGGGCGCCCUGCAGGCCCGCCGACACCACCUACAGUCUGGUUAAGGUGACGGGCGCCCCCAGCCAGAGACAAGUUACCACGGCGACUGCCAACAACAGGCCCAGCGCCAUAACAGUCGGCAAGAUGCAUCCGCACCCCGCCCCGUCGCCCCCAAAGCAGCGCCCGCCGCCCACGGCGUCCCCGCUGAUGCCCCCCCAUCAUCAGAAGGCCUUGGUCGGCUCACCGAUGGGGACCUUGGGGGUCCCUCAAAGCGUGGUGAAGGGCGGCCUCAAGAUGGGCGUCGUCAGCAGUAACGGGGGCGUCACACCGUCAUCCUCCCCGUCGCCCCAGCCCCGCCCCAUCGCCACGCCUCACCCCGCCUUGUCGUCCUUUUGCCCCGCGUCGUCGCCGUCGGCCAUCUGCCAGACCACCCCCUCGACCCAAGGAAAAGCCCGCGCCCAGCACCCCCAGCCCAACUUCAUCACACCCAUGCAGGCCACGCUUACCAAACCCUCCCACAGUACCAACUCGUCGCCCAUCAUCAAGCUGACUCCUCGCCCGCCACCGCCCACCCCGCCUCCCUCCUCCUCGUCCUCUUCGUCCCCCUCGCCAUCCUCCUCGCCCUCGCACCCCCCAGGUCCCAAACACCAGUACUCCCCCAAAACUUUUCGACCACCUUUCGGCAUAACGGGUAGCGUUCAAGGGACCGCGGCGAAGCCGACACCGGGUGCCUUCACGGGGGUGCCCAAACCUCCGCCUGCCACCGGCACCCACAACUCACCCGGCAACAACAAGAGCCCCUCGGCUGUCGGUCAUGCAAACAAAACGCCGCCGCCGCCAUCGCCCUCGGGCUCUGCCAAUCACGGCCAGAGGCAGAGGCUGGUGGGCGUGGCCGGACAGAAUUUAAAGCCGGGGAACGGCUGGGCGACGUCGAGCGCUUUGGCCACACCCUCCACGACAUCACACCUCUCACAGGUAUCUGCGGCAGGCGGCCCCCUCCUGGGCGGCCCCUCCACGCUGCCCCUGGGCUUCGGCAUGCUGGGCGGCCUGGUUCCCGUCUCGCUGCCCUUCCAGUUCCCCCCGCUGCUCAACUUUAGCCACCCCGGAGCCCCGGGUCCCGCCGGCAUGGGCUCGGCCCCCGGCUCCAACUCAGGAUACCCCCUAGCACAGAGCGACCUGUUGGAGCUGUACAAGAGUCUCCAGUCCGGGUCGCAGGCCGCUCUACCUCCUCAUUUACAGCUUGCUUUCUCAGACACCAACCAAAGUCAGGGCGGAGACAAGCGGAAGCCAAGCCACUGAGAGCUGCUCCGUCGCAACAACAUUGGACUCUUUUGAUUGACUGACGAUUGGGCCAAUGGGACGCCACAGAGCUCUGUAUUAUUAUUAUUUUUUUUAAUAUAAUUAAAAAAUGGGCCUGGAUCGAC